UUCCAAAGCGUUGCAAUGUGGAUUUUACAUUGCCUGCGCAAAGUGACGGCGUUCUGCUUGAUCGCAGUGCUGGUGCUUGCAAGUGGCACCAAUGGUGAAGAUAACAACACAGCAGAGGGACUCGACCGAGAGCUAUCGGACAUGGUUUUGACCACUGCAUUGGGUAAAAUACGUGGUACAUUGUUGCCCUCGCAAGUCGGUCGGAAUUUUUAUGCAUUUCGUGGCAUACCCUACGCCAAGCCGCCCGUGGGUGCUUUGCGCUUUAAACCGCCGGAGCCUGUAGAUCAGUGGUUUGACAUCUUCGAUGCGACCUUCGAUGGACCACGUUGUCCGCAGCCGGGUCUUUACAGCGACGAUGUUUCAGAGGAUUGUUUACGUGUCAACAUCUACACACGUGAUUUGCCCACAGAGAAGGAACCGAAUGUGAAGAAGCCGGUUAUUGUAUUUAUACAUCCGGGCGGUUUUUAUGCGCUUUCUGGACAGAGUAAAAACUUUGCCGGACCACAAUAUUUUAUGGACCGUAAUAUUUUAUUAGUUACAUUCAACUAUCGACUGGGUUCGCUUGGUUUCAUGAGCACCGGCACUGAAGAGGCGUUGGGCAACAUGGGUCUGAAGGAUCAGGUGAUGCUACUGCGUUGGGUAAAAUUACAUAUAUCACGCUUCGGUGGCGAUCCCAACUCUGUGACUCUAUUGGGCUAUGGCGCUGGCGCUAUAAGUAUUACACUGCAUAUGGUUUCGCCGAUGUCGAAAAAUCUUUUUCACAAAGCAAUCAUUAUGAGUGGUUCGGCCACGGGACAGUGGCCCUUACCGGUCGAACAAUUGAACUUGGCUGUACGUCAAGCGGCUUUGUUGCAUUGUACCACCGAGAAUUUAUCGGAUAUGAUGAGUUGUUUGAAUUCGAAACAUUAUCUGGAAUAUGCCAACACUUUACCGCAUAUGUUCGAGUUCGGACGCAACAAUCCGUUGAUAUUAUGGAAACCCGUUAUAGAACCCGAUUAUGGUCAGGAACGAUUUCUGAUAGAAGAUCCAGUAAGAUCCUACCAGAAUGGCAACUUCAUGAAAAUACCCAUCAUAACCGGCAUGACAAAAGAUGAGUUCGCUGGACAGGCAAUAUCAAUUCUUGAGAGUUCACGUCUGCUGAAGACGUUAGCACACAACUUUGAACAAAUAGCACCGAUUUGUUUUCUAUAUAGCGCUAAUAGUCCUCGUUCGCAGAAUAUUAGUAUGGAGUUAAAGAACGCUUAUUUUGGCAGAGAGUCCUUGGAGUAUGCCGGUACAUUACAACCAAUGGUCGAGCUCUUCUCCGAUGCUCUAACGGGUUUCGGCGUCCAUCGCUUUGUACAUUUGGCGGCGCGUUUGACCAAAGUCUACUACUAUCGUUUCAGCUUUCAGGGGCAACGCAGCCAUAUUUAUUAUCCAACUAAUAAACCCUUUGGUGUUGUACAUCAUGAUGAUCUGAUGUAUUUAUUUGUGGAACCAUCUGUUAGCCGCAUGUUCACUGAGGACGAUCGAGAAUACCAAAUUGUUGAUAAGCUAACGAGAAUGUUCACAGCAUUCGCUUAUAAAGGCGAUCCCAACAAGCAAAGUGACGAAAAGUUGCGCGAUAUACGUUGGCGCGCUUUCAGUUUCAAGCGUCAGCACUAUUUGGAUAUUGGUGAGGAAAUUGUACUGCGCGAGGGUCUCAAUACGCAUCGCUAUGAAGUGUGGAAGCGUUUAUUUCCAUUGAAUUGGAAGCGUCAGAGCAAGCAUGAUCUAUUGGAUUAUGAGUAGAUUGUUUGUUAUUGCUUAAAUGGGAUUUCAAUUACACUGGGAAUACAAUAAAUGUAAUUUCGAAGCAAAUAAAUGUUUAACUCAAUGAUUUCUACGUAUGCAGUGAACAAGUAUGAAAAAAGCAUCUCUUUUAAAGACAUUUGAGUCUCUGAAGUUUCAAAUGGAAAAAAAAUUUUUAAAAUUGAUAACGGAAUAUUUACUAUUUGAAGCAGUCUUGGAGCAACGACCAGGUUUUUAACACUAUUUAGCGUCAUCAAUAAGAUAUGGAUCUACUAUUUCUCAGCAAAGAAGUUGCGGUAGAAGUUCAAGCCAAAAUAAAAGAGGAUUAGUUGAACAGAAACUAUAUGGUUACAGAAUCAACAAAAUUCUUUAACUAGGCAGAGACCGCAAACUCGAUCUUGGGAUUUGAUUACUCAAUUAUUUUUUAAUAUUUAGGAGUAGCUUGAAAACUGAGUUUAGUUAAAGAUAUUUCAAAAGAACAUUUGAAGGGUUAUGAGAUAUAGAAAAUUCUAGUAAAGGAAUGAGUUCCCAGACUUCAAAUUCAUUUUAAAGAUUGGUUUUAAUAUUACUAUUUAAUUCUCUGGCGUCCUCUCAUGGCAACGCUAUGCAUUUUUCUCUCUAGUUAACGUAUUGGGUUUGAUAAAAGAGAAUAUGCGGAUACCUCUUUAAGCUGAUGUAGUCUCUUUUUUUAAUGCUUCCAAGUUUUGUUUUAGAUAAGUUAUGCUAUGCGAAACCUAGAAUGCAGAAUGGCGUUGAGCACAACCAUCAGCUGCACCAAAAUCGAGAGAGACCUUUACGAGCCGUUCGAAAAAAGAAGAGGUUUUUGACGGGGUAAUUUACUCUCGUGCUAUCUUUUUUUAAAUGCUGCAAAAAGUGAUACCCGUCGCUAAUCUGUAUCGCAGAGGCAUUGUUUUCUCUAAAAGGAUAAUCCAACUGGAGUACGCAGAUGAUAUUGACAUCGUAAGUUUUAACAAGAGAGCAAAUUUUAAAAAUUGAAAGUAUCUGUCUCGAAACCAACAUUAAUACCACCAACAAUUUAAGCUUGGAGAUCAAGCGCAUGGGGUCGGUAGGCAAUUCAGAAGCAGAUCCCUCUCUCGAUGAACAAAAAUUUCGCCCUGUAAGUCUCACAUCAUUGCCGUCCUAUUAUACGGCAUAGAAACAGAAAUGAUGACGAGCCGAGUUGAGAAAGCACUUGGAGCAUUUAUCAUAGCAU